CAGCUGGUUAAUUUCAUUAGUCCUUAUACCGUAAAUGUAAAUCAGAGCCCAAUACAUAAAUCUGUAAUUAAUUAAUUCGUUAGAUGUAACAUUCAUUCGAUCAGCAUGAAAGCUGUGAAUAUCAUGAAAUUACUUUGUGUUAUCUUCUCACAUUCUAGGUAUUUUCAUAUAGUAGUUGUUCCGUGCAUUUUUUGAACAAUAUUAUAUAGAUAUAAGUUAAAUUUGGCUAAAUAACUUGAUAUAUUUUCAGCUUAUUUUCACUGUACCCUUUUAGUAAUGGCCAAAAGUAUUUACGAAUAUGUUCGAAAUUUCGAAAUUAUGGAUCCCUGUCUUCCUUCCACAUGGAUUGUUGUUCGUUUAGAUGGACAAGGUUUUCAUAAAUUUACAGCAAAGCAUAAUUUUAUCAAACCAAAUGAUACACGUGGUUUAUCGUUGUCAGUACGUGCAGCAGAACGCGUUAUGCAACAACAGAAAGAAAUUGUUCUAGCUUAUGGUCAAUCAGAUGAGUUUAGUUUCGUAUUUAAAAAAUGUACUGAAGUGUUUAAUCGACGAGCAAGCAAAAUAUCCAGUACAGUUGUUUCGUUGUUCACAUCUUCAUAUGUUUUUGAAUGGCCAAAGUAUUUUCCUGAUACUCCAUUACUGUAUCCACCAGCGUUUGAUUCCCGAGUAAUACUUUAUCCAACGAAUAAAACUCUCAGGGAUUAUUUAAGUUGGCGUCAGGUUGAUUGUCACAUCAACAAUCUAUAUAAUACUUGUUUUUGGAAACUUGUUCAAAAUGCUGGCCUAAGUGGAACAGAGGCUGAAGAACGCUUAAGAGGAACGUUGUCAAGUGACAAAAUGAGUUAUUGUUUUCACAAUUCAACUGUAAUUACAACAAUGAACCAGAACUAUUUCGCAAAGGCACUGUAUUAUUUAGAAAUAAUUCUGCCAUUGAACAAGCAAACAUCGAUAUCAUUAAAGAUCAGUUUUGGGAUGAACAUCCUUACAUAUUAUUGGAGCCUGAAUAAUUCAGAAUUGUCGGAUUCAUUUGUUCUCCAGCCUAUCAGUAUGCAAAUUUAUGCAUCUAUUUUUGUAUGUAUAAAUAUGUUUAUACAUUCUCUCCUGAAUUUUAUGCAUUAUUGUACAUAUUACACUGUAUUUACGGAACAAAAAUUGCUAAUUUAUUAUUUAUUGGUAAACUGA